GGCCAAAGUGGACCUUCAGGAGGAAAGGCAGUACAGCCAAGGCCAGCUAAAGCUCUAUCUAAAAAACGGGACGAAGAUGUCUCCACUGAAGCAGGAGAGGGAGCAGAUGAAUGGGCGGCAGCAAAGACUCUAGUCAAACCCCCAGAUCAACUGGAGCUGACUGAAGCUGAAUUAAAAGAGGAAUUUACACGCAUCCUGACAGCUAAUAAUCCCCAUGCUCCCCAGAAUAUCGUCAGAUACAGCUUUAAAGAGCGAGCAUACAAGCCAAUAAGCUAUGUGGAUCAAAUGGCCAUUCACUUCUCUUUGAAUGGAAACAUGAUACUCAAAGAUUCAGAUGAAGGCAGACGGCAGAGUAUCAAAUUAAGCACUGCAGCAGAAAAGGCUCCUAUUGAGACUUCUGCAGUAACAUCUGAAGAGGCAGAGAUUAAAGAUGAAGAAAGCACAGGAGAUACUCAGGCUGCAGGAGAGGAAGAGGCAGAGGGGUCAGGCACAGCCGAAGUAGCUGAGGCAGCAGAGGCAGAAGAGCCUCAUCCCCCAAGGGUGAAGGAGCAGAAGCUAGCAAACCAGUUCAACUUCAUUGAGAGAGCUUCAAGGACGCUCAACAACCCUAUGCGGGAAAAAGCAUGUCAAUCAGAGCCUACACCUUGUAAAAAUUUCUCAGCCACUGCUAACCAGUGGGAGAUCUAUGAUGCCUAUGUGGAGGAGCUUCAAAAAAUGGAAAGGUCAAAAGAGAAAGAAAAAACAAAAGCUCAGACAGCAAAGAGAGAAGAGGAGAAGAAGGGAAGAAAGUUAACCUCUCUAGAGUUACAGAGUGAUGAUAUAACCAAGAUCUCAAAGGCUGCUAAAAUAAUGGAGCGGAUGGUGAAUCAGAACACAUUUGAUGACAUUGCACAAGAUUUUAAAUAUUUUGAGGAUGCCUCGGAUGAAUAUAGAGACCAGGAAGGAACCCUCCUUCCACUCUGGAAGUUCCAGUAUGACAAAACCAAGAGACUUGCAGUUACUGCCAUCUCCUGGAACCCAAAGUACAAGGACCUAUUUGCAGUGGGGUAUGGCUCUUAUGACUUCAUGAAGCAGGGCCAGGGCAUGCUCCUGCUCUACACCAUGAAGAACCCCUCCUUCCCAGAGUAUGUCUUCAGCAGUGAGAGUGGCAUCAUGUGCCUGGACUUCCAUAAUGACUACCCCUACCUCGUCGCAGUGGGCUUCUAUGAUGGCAAUGUGGCCAUCUACAACCUGAAGAAGGCAACCUCCCAGCCCAGCUACAAGAGUAGUGCUAAGUCAGGAAAGCACACAGAGCCAGUGUGGCAGGUCAAGUGGCAGAAGGAUGACAUGGACAACAAUUUGAACUUCUUCUCCGUCUCCUCAGAUGGGCGGAUUGUUUCAUGGACUUUAGUUAAG